AUGCGAUCAAUUAAUAUUCGAUUAUAUUUGACCAGUAAACUAGUAAAACUUUUUCAUAGUUCUGGACAUAUUCCAUUUGAAAAACGUGUUCCACAAAAAUGUAUUCGUUUAUCCAAUGUUCCAUUACUAUCAUCCAUAGUAAAAUCAUAUUCUAAAAUGAAACCAAUGAAAGAUUAUACAAUAUUAAAUAUUCAACAUGAAUUAGGUGAUAUAAGUGCACAAGUCGAAGCAUUAAUAGUUCUUGGUGCAUUACCAAAUGAUUUAUAUUUUCUUCCUCCAUCCUAUUCACAUAAUAAACAAUUUCAAUUAUUUAUUUCAAAACAUUUUCAAGUUCCAAAUGAAAAUUUCUUUGAAUCAACAUCAUAUCGUUUACGUUAUAAUUAUGAUAAAUAUCGUUUAUUAAAUGUUAUAUUUCAUUUAAAUAAAAUGGUUCAAAUGGAAUUAUUAAAAAAACGAAAUAAAGAAAAUAAUCUACUUGUAUUAGAUGAUGGAGGUUGUUUUUCUGAAUCAUUAUCAAUUUUAUUUGAUAUUGAUGGAGAUAAAUUAAAUUUAGAUGAAUUGAUUAGCAAUGUUCCAUUAUCAUUAACAAUUUCUAAAUCUGAUAUUAAAUUAAUUCUGUCAUAUUUUAAAUCAAUUGAAAUUCGUCUUGUUGAACAAACAUCACGUGGUUUAUUUAAAUAUCAAGAUCAAAUAAAUAUUUCAAGUGCAUUAAGAAAACUUGGAAUGUCAAUGAUUGAUGUUGCUUCAAGUCAACCAAAAAAAAUCUUAGAACCUUCACUUAUUGCUGAAGCAUCAUUAAAUAUGUUAUCCUAUCUAUUUUAUGAUGCUCCGAAGAAUUUAAAAAUUCCUAAACCAUCGAAACUAGAUAAAUGUUUAUUACUUGGUUAUGGAUCAAUUGGACAAGCAAUUGCUUAUGCUUUAACACAUAAAGGAGAUUUAGGAAUGUUUGCAAAAGAUUCGGUUAAAAUAUCAGAUAUAGAUUUAGAUAAACAAAAAUUAGCAGAAAAUGAUGGAUUUCAAUUAUUUGAUCAAUGGACUAGUAAAGAUCAGUUUAAUUAUAUAAUUGGUUGUGCUGGUCGUUGUUCAUUUCCAAUAUCAUGUUUAUCUUUAGUACGUAAUAAUUCUUAUUUAAUAAGUGUAUCAUCUGCAGCUAUUGAAUUUCCAUUUAAUGAAAUGAUUCAAUAUGCAUUAUUAAAUAAUGAUAUUAAAAUAAAUCUAUCGAAUACAGAAAUAAAUCGAUUAGAUGAUAAAAAUAUACAUCAAAAUAUAACAUUUACAAUUGAAAAUAAUAAAUCUUUAACUGUUGUUAAUGGUGGAAUGCCGAUUACAUUUUUAGGAAUUUUAAAUCCAGCAAUACCAGAAAAAUUUGAUAUUACAAUUAGUUUAAUGAUUGCAGCAAGUAUUCAAGCAACAUUUACAAAACAAGAAAAGAAUCAACAAAAUCGGAUUAUACCACUUGAUUCGAAUUAUUCAGAAUUUAUUUUUGAUUGGUUUAAUAAUAAUAAACAUAAUACUUAG